UGUAUCGCGACGAGAAAACAUGUGGAUUAUAGGAUUAUAUUAUGUCUGUAUAAAAGUCCCCCGACACCGUAAAGAUGGCUGAUCUUUUUAACAGUGACAAUCUACCAUAAGGGAAAACACAGGAAUUCUUUCUCUGCUUCGGUAAAAAGAUGGCUACGUCUACUAAUGCAACUGAUGUUUCGGGUCAAGAUAAAAACCCUGUUGGCAUGGUAACACUUCCUAUAAUGGAUACAGACAAUGUAUCCUGGACGAGGUUGUUGGACCAACCCGGGAUAACUUUCCAGUCGAUCCCUGUCCUGGACCUGAAUGGCCAGCCGAUCACAGUGAAUGUAAACACCAUAGAUAGUCACAUGCAGGUAUCGGCUUCUGAUAUGACGAGAUUGUCCUCCAAUGAUGUUACUGUGACACACACAGACCGACAAACCUCAGGUGUAGUAGCUAAGAACCAAGGUACCAGUUAUUCUGUCACCAGUACCCACCUGCCAUCAGUUUUUAGUGAGGGUAUGCAGGUUAAUAUUGUGUCGACCCAGGACGGCCUUCCUUCUAACUCCUGUAUGCUGGAACUGAUGGAAGACACUUAUCCUUCUGGAAAUGAAACGGCAUUCUCAAACGCUGAAGAGGCCAGUAUUUUACCGAAGGACAAUCAGCUACUACAGCACAGUGGCACAGGGUUAAUUAAAACCAGUACAGAAGAGAUAUUUUCAAACAUUCAAGCUUUUCUAUCAGAUACUGUUCUGGAUGCUAUUAUCAACACGAAGUCCAUGUUUCUUGACGACCUUCAGAAUCGUAACGACCUUGUCUGGCACAAAGAGGCCAGUGCCUGGUGUGUGUCUGGCAAACUGUCCGAGCUGCUUGGUCUACAUCGUAAACUCCUCAAGCUACUAAAAGAAAACAGGAAAGGAAUCAAUGUGAGGGAAGACAACACAAAUGACAAAUGUAUACAGACAGAUCCUACAAGUACCUCCGACUUCUCCGCCAUGUGUGACAUCCUGGUCCCUGCUGUGUCCACGUACGGGCGUGGAAUCCGACAACCCGCUAGAUUUAACCAGUACAGUUUUGUGGCGGACGCUGAGGACAGUCAAGAGGAGGAACGGCCAAAGAGAUCACGAAGGAAGAGAAAGCCAGAAACUGUUUAUAGAACCACUCCAGUAGAGAAAGUCAAUUACUACCUUAAGGCCAACCAACAACAGUUGUUGUCCGACAAUGGAGCUCAGGGAGACUCAAGCAAAAAUGUCCGUGAAAAUGACACCUCAGGGAGGGAAAACCAACAGCCAUCGGACAGAGUAGAGAACACAGACAAGAAUAGCAAUGAAUAUACAGAGGAUGAGGAUUUGUCAGGGAUUCCAAAGAAAAAGACAAGGAAAGACUAUGAAAAUUUAGCACCUUUUAAAUACUUUUGCAAGAUUUGUUCAUUCAAGUCAAAGCGAGAAAGUCAUUUUGCCAAGCAUAUGAAACUACACACGAAUAACACUGAGCUUUAUGAGUGUAAACAUUGUGAUUUUAAAACUAUCCGCAGUAGUACGCUUAAAUGUCACGAAGUCUGUCACAGCAAACAUCUCUUCAGCUGUGACCACUGCAAGUACCGCUCCACCAGUUCUGUUCUACUCAGCAAACACAUCAAAGUUAAACAUCGGCCAACCUCCGACAAAGGUCGUCAUACCAGGAACCUGUUAUACCUCCGCUGUCAGCAAUGUUCCUUCAAAACGGUCAAAGCACAAAAAUUUGCCGAACAUUUAAAAAGUCAUGGAACAACAACACUUAUAUCUGAAGAGACAGCGAAGUUAUUACAAAAAGUGGAGGACACGUCCGCUGUCGAACUACAAUGUAAGGAUUGUAACUACAAAACGAUGCGCAAGGAACAUUUGGCACGACACAGGAACAAUGUGCACUCUGACCUUCGACCCUUUCUGUGUGAUCUGUGUGGUUGUUCGUUUAAGCGUGCAGACACCUUGACAGCACAUAAAGUGACGCACAUCGACAAGAAAUAUCGUCUGUAUCAGUACAAGUGCAAGGAAUGUGACAAAGACUUCAGGUCACGGGCUCAUCUAUCAGAACACAUGGCAAUGCACUCCAGCUUACGUAUGUACUUGUGUGAUAUCUGUGGUGUCGGCUUCAAACGUAAAUCAUGCCAGCAGAAACACAUGAAGUCAAUCCAUCUGAACCCACGUUCCUUUCAAUGUCGAGACUGUAACAAGAGUUUCAACACCAAGUACGCCCUUCUACGCCACACACGGACACAUGACACGGCAAUACCAAACCAAGUACACCACGAGGACCAAGUGUCACUGCAGCAGAUACAAAUAACUCACAGCUUUCAGUGUUCUGACUGUGAGAAAACCUUCCACUCUAAAUACAUGUUACUGCGACACAUGCAGACCCACGAUCCAACAAUACAGAUUCCUGAAGACGAAGUACAAGAAUCAUUACCUCAAAUCGAGGCCCAGAUUGCUUCAUUUGAGAGCCUAGAUGAACAGGCAUUAGACACACAGGCACUAGAUGGCCAGUCGCAGGAGCUGAGUGUACAGGAUAUCAUCACAGGAGGGCAAGUUCUGGAGGAAUACGAUCAGAGUAACUUGACCAGCAGUGAGACAGCCAUGGCUACCAUAUACCUAACCAAUCCUCUUAAUUUAUCUCCAGUGUUGUCAGAACAGGGCACAUUUAAAUAGGACAGUAUGAUGUACUGUUGUUGUUUUUUUGUAUUCAUGGAUAUAAGCCAUGUAAAAUGUAAUUACUCUGAAAAUAAUGGUGUCAGAUAUUAUAUUGGAGCUUUUCUAUGCAUUAAAUUAUUUUAAUUUGAAAAAAA